GGCGAGGACGGUGGGUCGUGGGCGAUUAGGCAUCGCUGUGCAAUGUCUGUUUGGGCGACAGGCAAGGGCAGGGGUGGGGGUGAUACCGCAGCGGAGCAUGCAUCUUUUUACGUAUGAUCUGCAUCAUGACGUGGGUGGUGCGGAGAACAUGUUGCGGCUUCCACUUGACCGACACGAGCGAGACUACCUGCCGUGGGAGCGCCACAUCCAUGCCCUGGUGGUACUGUUGGUGAAGCAGGGCCGCAUGUCCGUGGAUGAGCUGCGUCGUGGUGUGGAAGGACUGCCGUCGUCCCUCGCGGAGCAGGCUAGUUACUAUGAAAAGUGGGGCUUGUCUGUCAGCCGCAUCUUGACCGAAAAGGGCACAGUGUCGGGCCAUGAGCUCGAACAAGGCUUUCUGGGCGUGCCCACUACAGACUUGCCCCAAGUGCCGCGCUUUCAGGUGGGACAGCGCGUCAUGGUACGCCCGUUUGGCACCACCUUUGCCUAUCGACAACCACACCUGCGUGUCCCGGGCUACGUCCACGGUGCCGUCGGAACCAUCGUUGAACUGCCCGGCCUCUUUCAGGACCCGAUGACCGGGGCCUACGGUGAGCGUGGAACGGCCCAGCCGCUCUACCGAGUGGCUUUCAGCCACCGUGCCCUCUGGCCCGAGGGCGCUGCGCACGCUGAACCCGGUGAGCUUGAGGAUGGUGUUGUUGUGGACGUCAGUCAACCGUGGCUGGAAGCCCUAAGCGAAGCCGACUACGCCCAGCGCUUGGCCACGCUGCAUCGCGUUGCCUUUACCCCCGACUCCAAUCCCCCCCAAGCCCACAAGCACCAUCAUCAUCGUCAUCACCAUGACCAUCACCACCACCACCACCAUCAUCAUGCAAUGCAUGCCGAACAUGAAGCGCACACGCAUGAUACUCGGUAUGGCACAGAGCAGGCUGCCGUGGCCAAGGAGGCCGCCUUAGAUUUUCCCUACCAGCCCUGGUGUGAAGCCCUGGUGCAAACGCUCACCAGACGCGGCGUGGUUCGAUCUGAUGAAUUACAUGCCACCCUGGCCUCCCUUGAUGCCCUCCAAAACUCUGGAGCCGGUCCACAGCUCGUGGCACGGGCCUGGAGCGAUGCAGCCUUUGCCGAGUGGCUCUUGACGGACGCUGCCGCUGCUGCAGAAAGCCUCGCUAUCAGGACAACCAACUACGAUGCCGACCCGGCCAGCGCCGAGCGCGUGGGUGGGCAUCGCCUCUUUUCUCACAAUCAUACUGAGCUACGCGUCGUUGCCAACACUGACACGGUCCACAACCUCGUCUGUUGCACACUGUGCAGCUGCUAUCCCACUGCCAUCCUAGGCCUCUCCCCGCCGUGGUACAAGUCCAAGGUUUUCCGUGCGCGAGCCGUCCGAGAGCCACGCCGCCUGUUGCGCGAAGAGUUUGGGCUAGUGUUGCCAGAGGCGCGUGGCAUUCGCGUUCACGACAGCACGGCCGACUUGCGAUACAUGGUACUGCCCCAGCGGCCCCAGGGCACUGAAGGCUGGAGUGAAGAACACCUACGCACCAUUGUCACCCGUGACUCUCUGCUGGGGACAGCCGUGCCUCGCGUUGACUGAUCUCCCGUCUGCUGAGCCUUUUUUUGUUUUUUAAAACACCCCAGGUUGCGAACCGAAUUGGGUGUGUGGGCGGAGAACAAAACAAACUGUGAAUUGGCACAAACCGAGUAGAGACGCGGUGCAGUGAGGUGCCAAGUCCAGAGCCACUUUGCACUCUUCCUCCAACUGCUUCAAAUUAGGAUAAAAAUAAAAAAAGGAGCAGGUUGAACCAGAAUCGAUUUGAACAUCC